AUGCUCUCUCGUAUUCAGCAAGACGCCGAGGCAAACACAUCUACGGGGCCAGAUCCGGCAGAGAGGCUCCGAGUCAGUGUGCGGCGGCAGCGGCAGCGGGAAACCGUAACGGCAACGGCUUCUUUCCCUUCGAACAGCUCAAGGCCGACGACGCUGGCGCAACAGGUGUCGAUAUCCGCCGGGAGGGACACUCCGCGGCCCUGGUCCUGCUUUCUUUCAUUCACCGCCUCACAAAAGCGGACGACGAGGUGGUUCUAUCAGCCCGGCCUUGUUACUCAGAUCCUCGGCGCUCUGAUGCAGGCUCUCUGGGGCGUGAUAAGCUCCGCGUGCGACAGGAAGCAUACCCGCGUCCCACCUCAGUUUGCCCAACAAUAG